UCGAGAGGCACAGAGCGCUUUAUUGGGGAUUUUUACCCUCUUUUACUCUCAUUUACCGAACAACUCAAAACCCUCGACAGCGCUAAAAGAUAUUAUUUUUACCAUUCACACCACUGUAAAAUGGAGCGGUUCGCCGGCGACGGUGGAGCUCCGAGCAUGGAGAUGGCGUUCCCGGACCAUGUGGCGCCGUUUCCCGAAGCGGUGGAGCUUAUCUACGCGCAUCCGACGGCGGCGAUUCACUCGUCCGCGGAGCUAAUCGGGCACGGCCAGACCCUGCCGCCGAAGAAACUCCGUCCGAUCAGGUGCUGCAGUGUCCGGUAUCCGGAAGCCCUCUCCGGGACUCUAGGGAGUUGCUCGACGGAGGAGGAGGAGGUGGGGUUUCUUGACGUAGUACGCAGCGAGUGCUUUGAGGCUCCGGGGAAAGCUUGUGCCGGUGAAGCUGUGAAAGGCGGUGGCUUUGGUGGUGGUUUGAUGGGAGAUGACCCGGAUAUAGUCGGUUCGGGUCCGGGUACGGGUGAGUGGGGUCCUAGCUGUGAGUACGAAGCCGAGGAGUCUAGCUCAUCUUCAGAUGAUGAGAAUGGUUGUGAUGAUUCAACAGCAAACUUCAGAGAACCUAUGAACGGGAAGAGGAAGAGAAAAUCAAGGAGAAAGCUUGAGCUUUUUCUGGAAAAUUUGGUUACUAAAGUGAUGGAGAGGCAGGAGCAGAUGCAUAAGCAGUUGAUAGAGAUAAUAGAGAAGAGGGAGAGGGAGAGAAUAAUCAGAGAAGAAGCUUGGAAGCAGCAGGAGAUGCAAAGAAUGAAAAGGGAGGAGGAGUUGAGAGCUCAAGAGACAUCUCGAAGCCUAGCCCUCAUUUCCUUCAUCCAGAAUCUGUUGUGCCAAGAAAUUCAAAUUCUCGAACCUGUAACCACUCAAUGCAAGGGAGAGGAUGGAGGUCAAAUGGGUAUGCAAAAUGACAUUAAGUGUAAUCCAAAUAACAGAAGAUGGGACGAGGCAGAAGUACAAGCGCUGAUUACACUUCGAUCUGCUUUGGAACAUAAUGUUCCCCUUACAGGCUCCAAACAAUCUAUAUGGGAGGAGAUAUCUGUUGGGUUGCGCAGUAUGGGCUACAACCGGACUGCAUUGAUGUGUAAACAGAAAUGGGCGGGCAUCAACAGGAACUUCAGAGGGAAGAAGCAUCCUACUGAUGAUGAUGCUAUGGAGUUAGCCUGAAAUCGACUGCUGGACUGGAGUUGGUAUUGCCUUUUAUUCUUCCUCUGUUCAUUCUAGCUUUUGUUAGCAACUGGUAGUUGGCAAUAUUGGCAUGCAAGCUUAAAGAGUUCUAAAUUGGUUGAUACCCUUAUCAUAUACCUGGGCUUUGGUAGCUGGUGAACGUGCAUAUCCUGAAGGUGAUCGAUUUUGUCAGCAAGGUUUUGGGGGUCGGAGUUUUACAAUUAAAAUUUGCCAUGUAUCCGGUAAGCCACAACAUUGUUCAGGCCCUUCUGCCUAAGACUUAUUUUUCAUGAAUGGAGACAUCUAGUUGAAUAAACGA